UACGAACUCCUAUGCAGGUAUUUAACAUACGCAUCGCCACACAAAUACUAGAGUACAGAGUCUGUUAAUGAGAUUUUUUUUAUCUGAAAUCUUCCUCCGGCCGUCACCGUCGAAGUGUCAUUGUUCUAUGAAUGAAUAGCCACUACCCAAGGCUUAUUUAAAUCUGUAACUUACAAUUGGUUACCCCCGCAGUCAUAUGACUUAAAGCGCUAACAAAACCUCUUCUCAAAUUGAUUAGCUUUGCAGAAUACCAAACAACAUUCACAGGACAGCCCACUUUUGAUAAUAUUUUUCAUCUUUCCUGCACCCAGCUAAAAAAUGGCACAUGGAACAAUUUCAGGCUGUUGCGACUUUAACUGUGAGGAAGCUUGUGAAAAACUCAAGAAUGCCAUGGAUGGAUUAGGAACCAACGAAGCUGAUAUUAUUGAUGUUUUGGUGAAUCAUAAUUGCAAACAGCGCCAAGAAAUCAGAACAGCCUACAAGCAAUCGUAUGGAGAGGAUUUAAUUGACGAUCUGAAAAGCGAACUGUCUGGAAAUUUGGAAAACGUAAUUGUGGCCUUAUUUGAUCUUCCCAGAGACUUUGAUGUUCAUGAGAUCCAUCGGGCCAUAGCUUGUAUGGGAACAGAUGAGAACACGCUCAUUGAGAUUAUGGUGACCAGAACAAACGAAGAAAUUGAAGAGAUAAAAACUAGAUAUGAAGAAGAGUAUGGGGUUUCAAUGGAAGAAGACAUUGCAUCUGACACAAGUGGUUAUUUCCGUCGUUUGAUGGUUUCUCUUUGCACUGCAUCAAGAGAUGACGAUUGGUGGGCCGAUCAAGAAAAGGCUACUGAAGAUGCUCAAGCACUCUAUGAUGCUGGAGAAGGACAGUUAGGCACUGAUGAAUGCACUUUCAAUGCAAUUUUGUGCAAACGUACCCUACCCCAGUUGCAAGCAACAUUUAAGGCUUAUGAAGAACUGGCUGAUCGUCCUUUCCGUGAUGUUGUUGAGUCAGAAACUUCUGGUGCCGUACAAGAUGGCUAUCUUGCUAUUAUUGAUGCAGCUUCUGAUUUGAGACACUAUUUUGCGCAGCGACUCUACAAAAGCAUGAAAGGGUUGGGCACCACUGAUACCGAUCUCAUUCGAGUGAUUGUAUCAAGGAGUGAGCUUGAUCUGCAAGAAAUAAAAGAGGAUUUCCUCGCAACGUAUGACACUGCACUUUCUGAUUUUGUUGAAUCCGACUGUGGUGGUGAAUACAAAACCGUUUUGUUGAAAGUAAUUGGUGCUUGACUUUUACAUUCCAUUCCAGUUUACCAUUUUUGAAAAAUAGUAAAAUAAAACUUUUCAAUUCUUUUACAAUCUUGCUGUUAAAUUUCAGAGAAACUGUUGUUUAGAAGUAAUGUUAUCGUUUUAAUUUAAUUGGAUUCUAUCCCAAUUGAUUUUUAUCAAGAAUAAAGUAAUUUGAACUGAAA